CCACCCUUGACAUAUGAGGAUUAUUACAAUUCAAGGUGAGAUUUGGGUGGGGACACAGGCAAACCAUAUUACAGGGUAAGGCCUGUGUGGUCAGACACACCUUUCCAGCCCCUUUGCUCUCUGCACAGCAGCUACACUGGCUGCUUUACACCUAAACAUUCUCAGAUCUCAGCUCCAAUAUUACUUUCUCAAGAAACUUUCCAUAGUUUCCUAGGCUAGUUCAGAUAUCUUGCUUAAAAUUCUCAUGUUUACAUGUAUUGCUCCUUCAUAGUGCUUAUCUUGGUUGUAUUUUUAUAUUUAUUUCUGUUAUUGCUUAAGGCUUGCCUGUUCCACAGAUAUGACCUCCAAAAAAUGUGGAGAGAAACCCUUGUUUUUUUCUGUCCCUUGCAUUGCCAAUGCUUUACACAGCGCCUGACACACAUUAGAGGUGCUCAGUAUUGUCAUGUUCUCUGUGCCUUAUACGUUGACUUCAAGAUUCAACAUUGUGAAAUAAUGCAUAAAAUAAAUAUAUGAGAGCAAGUCUAACAUGUCAGUCCUUUAUUAAAUUACUGAUUACAUUUAUGUUAAAGUGUAAUAUGUGUACGUAACUGGAUUAUUAAAACCAAAACAAGCCAAAAAUAUACAGGAUGCAGCUUUUACAGAAGAGGUAAUUCUGGGUGAUUAAAAUGAGAUACUACAUUAAUCAUUUGAAAUAAUGGAGAAGUAUUCUAGAGGAUACAGAGUAGAUUUUUAGGCAUCAGAACAGUAGCUGAAUUUUAAGAUAUGUUCAUAAAAGAAAGCAGAGAGUGGUUGAGAGUUCAGGGCCUAGAAGCCACUCAAUUUUAAAUUAGAUUAUUAGCUCAGCCUACAAAGUUGUAUGAUCUUAGACAAAUUCUUUAACUGUUUAAGCCUCGGUUUCCUCAUUUGUAAACAGGAUGUAAUAGUGCCUACUACAUUGGGUGGUUAUGAGAUGAGUUAUGUAUCUAAAAUGAUUAAUUUAUUGCACAUAAUAAUUAAUAAAUGCUAGGUGCCACUGUUAUUGUUUUGAGCUGUUCUGUUCACUCACUGUAUUUGAUGUGGUACUCUCACACUUGAUCUUAGCCAAUAGGCUGAGAAGCGAUUGAUGUGUCACUCUCAAGUUUCCCCUUUCUUGAUCCCUGAAAAGAAAAAUAUCUAUUCUUAGAGUGGAGAAGUAACAGUGUUAUUGGAGGUAGGAAAAUAUUUAGGAGCCUGGUUGGAUAAAUGCCUUCAUGUUUCUUCAUCCAAGUUUUUUGGCAUUGUCUAUGUAUUGCGAAUAAUAGCUAUGUGGCAUGGAAGUGUAUGAAAAACAAAUGUAAAAGAGUCAGCGUUCUUAUGCCAUGUAAUACCCUAUAGAAUGGAAAAACAAGCACAGACAAAUUUGUAAGCAUUGCUUCAGUAUUCUACUUGGCACUUUAUAGAAGGUUUAGAAGUAACAUUACUGGGAGCAUGUCAUAUAAAGAAAAGUAAAUUGAUAUUUUUCCAUUAAUUUAACCUAAUAAACAAAUGACAUGGUGGUUAAAAUGGAAGUGUGCUUUCUUCUUAUCAAAUUCAUUUGUUUAUAGGUACUUCAUAAUUUCUAGCUGUUUGCUUUCCUUACAUUAUUCAGCACAGACCUGGUCUUUUCAGAAGUCAGACUAUGACUGGAUAUUUGUGUUCUUUUAGCUAAUGAUUGGUAUUGCCAGAAUAAUCUUUACUAGUUAUCCUGGACAUCUGUGAGGCAUCUGAGUUGUUUUUUAGGUGGUUGCAAUUGGAUGACUCUUAGUGCAAAUAUUUGGCAUAUCCUUUGCAGUGACGCCCAACCUGCCUGCUUUGUUCAUACUUGUAGGGUUUUAAUACAAGCUACAAAAGGCAAACCUCAGCUAGCAAGCGAAUGGCUUUAGGCUAGAUUCUUUUGAAUAGUUAUCAGCAUAUUAUUUGCUGUGUGUUGCAUAUGCAUGUUGAAGCAUAUUUAAGGAGCCAUUAAAAGCUGUAAUAUUCAGCUGCCACUUUUCACCGUUAGAAGUAGAGCUUUUUCCAGACCUCCUACCUUUCAGUCUACUUUGAAUGAUCAAAGAAAGAACAUAGUUUCAGGAAUAAAAAUGCACAGUAGUAGUUAUAGUUACCGUAGCAGUGAUUCUGUGUUUAGUAACACUACCAGCACUCGAACCAGUCUUGAUUCGAAUGAAAAUCUUCUCUCGGUUCAUUAUGGUCCAACACUGAUCAACUCUUGCAUUAGCUUCGGCAAUGAAUCCUUUGAUGGACGCAGGUUAGAAAUGUUGCAACAGAUUGCCCACCGAGUUCAGAGGGACAGUGUCAUCUGUGAAGACAAACUAAUACUUGCUCGAAAUGCUCUUCAGUCUGAUUCUAAAAGAUUAGAAUCAGGAGUGCAAUUUCAGAAUGAAGCAGAAAUUGCCGGGUAUAUACUUGAAUGUGAGAACCUUUUACGACAGCAUGUAAUUGAUGUACAGAUUCUUAUUGAUGGAAAAUACUACCAGGCAGAUCAAUUGGUACAGAGGGUUGCAAAACUGCGUGAUGAAAUUAUGGCCUUAAGAAACGAAUGUUCUUCUGUGUACAGCAAAGGACGCAUGCUGACAACAGAACAGACAAAGCUCAUGAUAUCAGGAAUCACUCAAAGUUUAAACUCAGGAUUUGCGCAGACCUUACACCCUAGUCUCACCUCAGGGCUGACCCAGAGUUUAACACCUUCCCUAACCUCUUCUAGUAUGACUUCUGGCCUGUCAUCAGGGAUGACUUCCCGCCUGACUCCAUCUGUCACUCCAGCUUAUACACCUGGUUUCCCAUCAGGAUCAGUUCCAAAUUUCAGUUCAGGAGUAGAGCCAAAUUCAUUGCAAACUCUGAAGUUGAUGCAGAUCCGAAAACCCCUUCUAAAGUCUUCUUUGCUAGAUCAAAAUUUAACAGAAGAGGAAAUCAACAUGAAAUUUGUUCAGGAUCUUUUGAACUGGGUUGAAGAGAUGCAGGUACAACUGGACCGCACUGAAUGGGGCUCAGAUUUGCCAAGUGUUGAAAGCCAUUUAGAAAAUCAUAAAAAUGUUCAUAGAGCUAUUGAAGAAUUUGAAUCUAGCCUCAAAGAAGCUAAAAUCAGUGAGAUUCAAAUGACAGCACCUCUUAAACUGACUUAUGCAGAAAAGUUGCACAGAUUAGAGAGUCAGUAUGCAAAACUCUUGAAUACAUCCAGGAAUCAGGAACGGCACCUUGAUACACUCCAUAAUUUUGUAAGUCGUGCGACUAAUGAACUUAUUUGGUUGAAUGAAAAAGAAGAGGAGGAAGUUGCUUAUGACUGGAGUGAGAGAAACACCAAUGUAGCUAGGAAAAAAGAUUAUCAUGCUGAGUUAAUGAGAGAACUUGAUCAAAAGGAAGAAAAUAUUAAAUCAGUUCAAGAGAUAGCAGAGCAGCUACUUCUAGAAAACCAUCCAGCCCGGUUAACUAUUGAGGCCUACAGAGCAGCAAUGCAGACGCAGUGGAGCUGGAUCUUACAGCUCUGCCAGUGUGUGGAGCAGCACGUAAAGGAGAACACUGCAUAUUUCGAGUUUUUCAAUGAUGCCAAAGAAGCUACUGAUUACCUAAGGAAUCUAAAAGAUGCCAUUCAGCGGAAGUACAGCUGUGAUAGAUCAAGCAGCAUUCACAAGCUAGAAGACCUUGUUCAGGAAUCAAUGGAAGAGAAAGAAGAACUUCUGCAGUACAAAAGCACUAUAGCAAGCCUAAUGGGAAAAGCAAAAACAAUAAUUCAACUGAAGCCAAGGAAUUCUGACUGUCCACUCAAAACUUCUAUUCCAAUCAAAGCUAUCUGUGACUACAGACAAAUUGAGAUAACCAUUUACAAAGAUGAUGAAUGUGUUUUGGCGAAUAACUCUCAUCGUGCUAAAUGGAAGGUCAUUAGUCCUACUGGGAACGAGGCUAUGGUCCCAUCUGUGUGCUUCACCGUUCCUCCGCCAAACAAAGAAGCGGUGGACUUUGCCAACAGAAUUGAGCAACAGUAUCAGAAUGUCCUGACUCUUUGGCAUGAGUCUCACAUAAACAUGAAGAGUGUAGUAUCCUGGCAUUAUCUCAUCAAUGAAAUUGAUAGAAUUCGAGCCAGCAAUGUGGCUUCAAUAAAGACAAUGCUACCUGGUGAACAUCAGCAAGUUCUAAGUAAUCUACAAUCUCGUUUUGAAGAUUUUCUGGAAGAUAGCCAGGAGUCCCAAAUCUUUUCAGGCUCAGAUAUAACACAACUGGAAAAGGAGGUUAAUGUAUGUAAGCAGUAUUAUCAAGAACUUCUUAAGUCUGCAGAAAGAGAGGAGCAAGAGGAGUCAGUUUAUAAUCUCUACAUCUCUGAAGUUCGAAACAUUAGACUUAGGUUAGAGAACUGUGAAGAUCGGCUGAUUAGACAGAUUCGAACUCCCCUGGAAAGAGAUGAUUUGCAUGAAAGUGUGUUCAGAAUCACAGAACAAGAGAAACUAAAGAAAGAGCUGGAACGACUUAAGGAUGAUUUGGGAACUAUCACAAAUAAGUGUGAGGAGUUUUUCAGUCAAGCAGCGGCCUCUUCAUCAGUCCCUACCCUACGAUCGGAGCUUAAUGUGGUCCUUCAGAACAUGAACCAAGUCUAUUCUAUGUCUUCCACUUAUAUAGAUAAGUUAAAAACUGUUAACUUGGUGUUAAAAAACACUCAAGCUGCAGAAGCCCUUGUAAAACUCUAUGAAACUAAACUGUGUGAAGAAGAAGCAGUUAUAGCUGACAAGAAUAAUAUUGAGAAUCUAAUAAGUACUUUAAAGCAAUGGAGAUCUGAAGUAGAUGAAAAGAGACAGGUAUUCCAUGCAUUAGAGGAUGAGUUGCAGAAAGCUAAAGCCAUCAGUGAUGAAAUGUUUAAAACGUAUAAAGAACGGGACCUUGAUUUUGACUGGCACAAAGAAAAAGCAGAUCAAUUAGUUGAAAGGUGGCAAAAUGUUCAUGUGCAGAUUGACAACAGGUUACGGGACUUAGAGGGCAUUGGCAAAUCACUGAAGUACUACAGAGAUACUUACCACCCUUUAGAUGAUUGGAUCCAGCAGGUUGAAACUACUCAGAGAAAGAUUCAGGAAAAUCAGCCUGAAAAUAGUAAAACCCUAGCCACACAGUUGAAUCAACAGAAGAUGUUGGUGUCUGAAAUAGAAAUGAAACAGAGCAAAAUGGACGAGUGUCAAAAAUAUGCAGAACAGUACUCAGCUACAGUGAAGGACUAUGAAUUACAAACAAUGACCUACCGGGCCAUGGUAGAUUCACAACAAAAAUCUCCAGUGAAACGCCGAAGAAUGCAGAGUUCAGCAGAUCUCAUUAUUCAAGAGUUCAUGGACUUAAGGACUCGGUAUACUGCCCUGGUCACUCUCAUGACACAAUAUAUUAAAUUUGCUGGUGAUUCAUUGAAGAGGCUGGAAGAGGAGGAGAUUAAAAGGUGUAAGGAGACUUCUGAACAUGGGGCAUAUUCAGAUCUGCUUCAGCGUCAGAAGGCAACAGUGCUUGAGAAUAGCAAACUUACAGGAAAGAUAAGUGAGCUGGAAAGAAUGGUAGCUGAACUAAAGAAACAAAAGUCCCGAGUAGAGGAAGAACUUCCGAAGGUCAGGGAGGCUGCAGAAAAUGAACUGAGAAAGCAGCAGAGAAAUGUAGAAGAUAUCUCUCUGCAGAAGAUAAGGGCUGAAAGUGAAGCCAAGCAGUACCGCAGGGAACUUGAAACCAUUGUGAGAGAGAAGGAAGCCGCUGAAAGAGAACUGGAGCGGGUGAGGCAGCUCACCAUAGAGGCCGAGGCCAAAAGAGCUGCCGUGGAAGAGAACCUCCUGAAUUUUCGGAAUCAGUUGGAGGAAAACACCUUCACCAGAAGAACACUGGAAGACCAUCUUAAAAGAAAAGAUUUAAGUCUCAAUGAUUUGGAGCAACAAAAAAAUAAAUUAACGGAAGAAUUAAGAAGAAAGAGAGACAAUGAGGAAGAACUCUUGAAGCUGAUAAAGCAGCUGGAAAAAGACUUUGCAUUUCAGAAACAGGUAGCAGAGAAACAGUUGAAAGAAAAGCAGAGAAUUGAAUUGGAAGCAAGAAGAAAAAUAACUGAAAUUCAGUAUACAUGUAGAGAAAAUGCAUUGCCAGUAUGUGCGAUCACACAGGCUACAUCAUGCAGGGCAGUAACAGGUCUCCAGCAAGAACAUGACAAACAGAAAGCAGAAGAACUCAAACAGCAGGUAGAUGAACUAACAGCUGCCAAUAGAAAGGCUGAACAAGAUAUGAGAGAACUGACAUAUGAACUUAAUGCCCUCCAGCUUGAAAAAACGUCAUCUGAGGAAAAGGCUCGUUUGCUAAAAGAUAAACUAGACGAAACAAAUAAUACACUCAGAUGCCUUAAGUUGGAGUUGGAAAGGAAGGAUCAGGCAGAGAAAGGGUAUUCUCAACAACUCAGAGAGCUUGGUAGGCAAUUGAACCAAACCACAGGUAAGGCUGAAGAAGCCAUGCAAGAAGCUAAUGAUCUCAAGAAAAUAAAGCACAAUUAUCAGUUAGAAUUAGAAUCUCUUCAUCAUGAAAAAGGGAAGCUACAAAGAGAAGUAGACAGAAUCACAAGGGCACAUGCCGUAGCUGAGAAGGGUAUUCAGCAUUUAAAUUCACAAAUUCAUUCUUUUCGAGAUGAGAAAGAAUUAGAAAGACUACGAAUCUGCCAGAGAAAAUCAGAUCAUCUAAAAGAACAAUUUGAGAAAAGCCAUGAGCAGUUGCUUAAAAAUAUCAAAGCUGAAAAAGAAAAUAAUGGUAAAAUCCAAAGGCUCAAUGAAGAAUUGGAGAAAAGUAAUGAGUGUGCAGAAAUGCUAAAACAAAAAGUAGAGGAGCUUACUAGGCAGAAUAAUGAAACCAAAUUAAUGAUGCGGAGAAUUCAGGCAGAAUCAGAGAAUAUAGUUUUAGAGAAACAAACUAUCCAGCAAAGAUGUGAAGCACUGAAAAUUCAGGCAGAUGGUUUUAAAGAUCAGCUACGCAGCACAAAUGAACACUUGCAUAAACAGACAAAAACAGAGCAGGAUUUUCAAAGAAAAAUUAAAUGCCUAGAAGAAGACCUGGCGAAAAGUCAAAAUUUAGUAAGUGAAUUUAAGCAAAAGUGUGACCAACAGAACAUUAUCAUCCAGAAUACCGAGAAAGAAGUUAGAAAUCUGAAUGCGGAGCUGAAUGCUUCCAAGGAAGAGAAGCGACGUGGGGAGCAGAAAGUUCAGCUACAGCAAGCACAGGUGCAAGAGUUAAAUAACAGGUUGAAAAAAGUACAAGAUGAAUUACACUUAAAGACCAUAGAGGAGCAGAUGACCCACAGAAAGAUGGUUCUGUUUCAGGAAGAAUCUGAUAAAUUCAAACAGUCAGCAGAGGAGUUUCGGAAGAAGAUGGAAAAAUUAAUGGAGUCCAAAGUCAUCACUGAAAAUGAUAUUUCAGGCAUUAAGCUUGACUUUGUGUCUCUUCAACAAGAAAACUGUAGAGCCCAAGAAAACGCUAAGCUUUGUGAAACAAACAUUAAAGAACUUGAAAGACAGCUUCAACAGUAUCGUGAACAAAUGCAGCAAGGGCAGCACGUGGAAGCAAAUCAUUACCAAAAAUGUCGGAAACUUGAGGAUGAGCUGAUAGCCCAGAAGUGUGAGGUUGAAAACCUGAAGCAAAAAAUGGACCAGCAGAUCAAAGAGCAUGAACAUCAAUUAGUUUUGCUCCAGUGUGAAAUUAAAAAAAAGAACACAGCCAAAGACUGUACCUUCAAACCAGAUUUUGAGAUGACAGUGAAGGAGUGCCAAUACUCUGGAGAGCUGUCCUCUAGAAACACUGGACACCUUCAUCCAACACCCAGAUCCCCUCUGUUGAGAUGGACCCAAGAACCACAGCCAUUGGAAGAAAAGUGGCAACAUCGGGUUGUUGAACAAAUACCAAAAGAAGUCCAAUUCCAGCCACCAGGGGCUCCACUUGAGAAAGAGAAAAGCCAGCAGUGUUACUCUGAGUACUUUUCUCAGACAAGCACUGAAUUACAGAUAACUUUUGAUGAGACAAACCCUAUUACAAGACUAUCUGAAAUUGAGAAGAUAAGAGACCAAGCCCUGAACAAUUCUAGACCACCUGUUAGGUAUCAAGAUAACGCAUGUGAAAUGGAACUGGUGAAGCUUUUGACACCCUUAGAGAAGUCACUGGAAGAGGAAAAGAAAGAGCAUGUUGAAAAAGCCAAAGAAUUGCAGAAAUGGGUAUCAAAUAUCAGCAAGACAUUGAAAGAUGCAGAGAAGGCUGGGAAACCUCCCUUCUCUAUGCAAAAGAUCUCCAGUGAGGAAAUAUCAACCAAAAAGGAACAGUUAUCGGAAACACUUCAAGCUAUGCAGCUUUUUUUGGCAAAACAUGGAGAUAAAAUGACAGAUGAAGAAAGAAAUGAAUUGGAAAAACAAGUGAAAAGUCUUCAAGAAAGUUAUAAUUUAUUAUUCAGUGAAUCUCUGAAACAGCUACAAGAAUCACAAACCUCAGGAGAUGUAAAGGUAGAGGAGAAGCUGGAUAAAGUGAUUGCAGGCACUAUCGAUCAGACAACUGGAGAAGUCCUUUCAGUCUUUCAAGCAGUUUUAAGAGGCCUCAUUGACUAUGACACAGGAAUUAGGUUGCUCGAGACACAGCUAAUGAUUUCUGGUCUAAUUUCACCAGAAUUAAGAAAGUCCUUUGAACUUAAAGAUGCCAAAAGUCAUGGCCUUAUUGAUGAACAAAUUCUGUGCCAACUCAAAGAACUAAAUAAAGCUAAGGAGAUUAUUUCUGCUGCGUCACCUACCACAAUUCCAGUACUGGAUGCUCUGGCUCAAAGCAUGAUAUCAGAAUCCAUGGCCAUCAAAGUUCUUGAAAUACUGCUUUCUACAGGCUCUCUGGUUAUUCCAGCCACAGGAGAACAGUUGACCCUACAGAAGGCUUUCCAACAGAACUUGGUUUCCUCAGCAUUAUUUUCUAAAGUUCUGGAAAGACAAAAUAUGUGCAAAGAUCUUAUUGACCCCUGCACCUCUGAGAAGGUUUCUUUAAUAGAUAUGGUACAAAGAAGUACUUUACAGGAAAACACGGGGAUGUGGCUUCUACCUGUGAGACCACAAGAAGGAGGUAGAAUAACAUUAAAAUGUGGAAGAAACUUAAGCAUUUUAAGAGCAGCUCAUGAAGGUCUCAUAGAUUGUGAAACCAUGUUUAGGUUGUUAAGUGCACAGCUUCUUUCUGGAGGUCUGAUCAAUUCUAAUUCUGGCCAAAGAAUGACUGUUGAAGAAGCUGUCAGAGAAGGGGUGAUUGACAGGGACACUGCUAGCAGUAUCCUCACGUAUCAGGUUCAAACUGGUGGAAUCAUCCAGUCAAACCCUGCCAAGCGUUUAACUGUAGACGAAGCAGUACAGUGUGAUUUAAUAACGUCCAGCAGUGCUCUUCUGGUACUGGAAGCUCAACGAGGCUAUGUUGGACUCAUUUGGCCCCAUUCUGGUGAAAUAUUUCCCACAUCAUCUUCCUUGCAGCAAGAGUUGAUUACAAAUGAAUUGGCCUACAAAAUCCUGAAUAGCAGGCAAAAAAUAGCUGCUCUUUAUAUUCCAGAAAGUUCUCAGGUCAUUGGUUUGGAUGCUGCUAAACAGCUAGGAAUUAUAGACAAUAACACAGCAUCAAUUUUAAAAAAUAUAAUACUGCCUGAUAAAAUGCCAGAUUUAGGAGAUUUAGAAGCUUGUAAAAACGCCAGAAGAUGGCUCUCUUUUUGUAAAUUUCAACCCUCCACAGUUCAUGAUUACAGACAAGAAGACGAUGUUUUUGAUGGAGAAGAACCUGUCACUACUCAGACCUCAGAACAAACUAAAAAAUUAUUUCUAUCUUAUUUAAUGAUAAAUAGCUAUAUGGAUGCAAACACAGGGCAAAGGCUUUUGCUGUACGAUGGAGACUUGGAUGAGGCUGUUGGCAUGCUACUGGAAGGCUGUCAUGCAGAAUUUGAUGGAGAUACAGCCAUAAAAGAAUGUCUCGAUGUCUUAAGCUCCUCUGGUGUAUUUCUUAAUAAUGCUUCAGGUAGAGAAAAGGAUGAAUGUACAACUGCACCAAGUAGUUUCAAUAAAUGUCACUGUGGAGAACCUGAGCAUGAAGAGACUCCUGAAAAUAGAAAGUGUGCUGUAGAUGAAGAAUUUCAUGAAAUGGGAAAUAAUGUUAUCAAUAGUGAAUUUUCUCAGUCAGAAAAACUGGCAAAUACAAUAUCAAUUGAUCCUAAAGUUAACAGUUCACCCAGUGUGUGUGUUCCCAGUCCCAUAUCAUAUUUAACACAGACUGAACUUGCAGACAUUAGCAUGCUUAGAAAUGACUCUGAAAACAUACUUACAAACUAUGAAAAUCAAAGCCAAGUGGAAACAAAUGAACAUGCAAGUGAAUGUAGUCAUUCUAAAAACAUUCAAAACUUUCCAGGUGAUUUGAUAGAAAAUCCUAUUGUAAAAUCAAAAAUGAAUAAAUUCUGUGGUGUGAAUGAAACAGAGAAUGAAGAUAAUACAAGCAGGGAUUCGCCUAUCUUUGACUAUUCCCCCAGGCUAAGUGCCUUGUUAAGUCAUGAUAAAUUGAGGCACCGUCAGGGAAGUUUUAAUGAUACACACACCCCAGAGAGCAAUGGAAAUAAGUGUGAAGCCCAAACGUUAUCAUUCAGUGACAAAACCAUGUUAUCAGGUCAAAGAAUAGGAGAAAAAUUUCAAGACCAGUUUCUGGGAAUUGCGGCUAUUAACAUCAGUUUACCGGGAGAGCAGUGUGGACAGAAAUCUUUAAAUAUGAUUUCUAGUAAUCCUCAAGUACAAUGUCACAAUGAUAAAUACAUUUCAGAUACUUCUGGUGAGGAUGAGAAAACACAUCCUGGUUUUCAGCAGAUGCCUGAAGACAAGAAAAAUGAGUCUGAAAUAGAAGAGUAUUCCUGUGCUGUGACUCCAGGGGGUUAUACUGAUAAUGCCAUUGUAUCUCUUACCUCUGCUACACCAUUGCUUGAUGAAACCAUCAGUGCUGGUGACUAUGAAACGUCACUGCUGAAUGAUCAGCAGAAUGACACAGGAACAGACACUGAUAGUGAUGAUGAUUUUUACGAUACUCCCUUGUUUGAAGACGAUGACCAUGAUUCUCUGCUUCUUGAUGGUGAUGAUCAUGAUUGCCUGCACCCUGGGGACUAUGACACACUGCAAGAGGAAAACGAUGAGAUGGCUUCUCCUGCUGAUGUUUUUUAUGAUGUCUUAAAAGAGAACGAAAAUUCCAUGGUUCCCCAGGGGGCACUAGCUGGUAGCUUAAGUGUGAAGGGCAAAGCACAGUGUCGUCAGGAUUUCCUCAUGGAUGUUGAGAAAGAUGAAUUAGAUUCUGGUGAAAAAAUACAUUUAAAUCCCGUUGGCUCAGAUAAGGUGAAUAGACAGUCGCUGGAAACUGGAUCAGAAAGGGAAUGCACAAAUAUCCUUGAAGGAGAUGAAUCUGACUCAUUGACUGAUUAUGAUAUUGUAGGAGGAAAAGAGAGCUUCACUGCAUCAUUAAAAUUUGAUGACAAUGGCAGUUGGAGAGUAAGAAAGGAAGAGUAUGUAACUGUACAGGAAUUUCACUCUGAUACUGAUCAUUUAGAUUCUAUGCAAAGUGAAGAAAGUUAUGGGGAUUAUAUAUAUGAUAGUAAUGAUCAGGAUGAUGAUGAUAAUGAUGGCAUUGAUGAAGAAGGAGGAUGUAUAAGAGAUGAAAAUGGAAAGCACAGGUGCCAAGAUGUGGCUGAAGAUAUGAAUAUCCAGUUGUGUGCCUCUAUUGUAAAUGAAAACAGUGAUGAAAAUAAAAAUAUUAAUAAAAUGAUUCUUCUGGAUAAAAUGCACAGUUGUAGCUCUUUAGAAAAACAGCAAAGGGUAAAUGUUGUACAGCUAGCAUCACCUAGUGAAAAUAGCUUAGCUACUGAAGAAAGCAACCUUCCAGAAUAUACAAUUGAGAUUGUUGGAAAAAGCAAAGAAAAUCUGUUGAAUCAUGAGAUGGUACUUAAGGAUUUAUUGCUGCCUAUCAUUAAAGACACUGAAUGUGAAAAAACUUUUGGCCCUGCCAGUAUUUCACAUAAUAAUAAUAUCAGUUCAACUUCUGAAUUAGGUAAUGAUCUGGCAAACACAAAGGUUAAGUUGAUUCAAGGGUCAGAAUUGCCAGAAUUGACCGAUUCUGUGAAAGGUAAAGAUCAAUAUUUUAAGAAUAUGGCACCAAAAAUUGACUCAUCUCUUGAUCACAUCAUAUGUACUGAGCCUGAUUUGAUGGGAAAACCUGCUGAGGAAAGCCAUUUGUCAUCGAUAGCCUCUGUAACUGACAAAGAUCCUCAAGGAAAUGGAAGCGAUCUCAUUAAAGGGAGAGAUGGCAAAAGUGAUAUUCUAAUAGAAGAUGAAACAUCAAUUCAGAAAAUGUACUUGGGUGAAGGAGAAGUGCUUGUAGAAGGUCUAGUAGAAGAAGAAAAUAGGCAUCUCAAACUUUUGCCUGGUGAAAAUACAAGGGAUAGUUUCAAGUUAAUUAAUAGUCAGUUUCCAUUUUCACAAAUCACAAACAAUGAAGAACUUAAUCAGAAAGGAAGCCUUAAAAAAGCAACUGUAACUCUUAAAGAUGAACCAAAUAAUCUACAAAUAAUAGUUAGUAAAAGUCCUGUUCAGUUUGAGAAUCUUGAAGAAAUUUUUGACACAUCAGUUUCCAAAGAGAUGAGUGAUGACAUCACUUCAGAUAUUACAUCAUGGGAAGGGAAUACACAUUUUGAGGAGUCAUUCACUGAUGGACCUGAGAAAGAGCUUGAUGUGUUUACUUAUUUAAAACAUUGUGCUAAAAAUAUAAAAGCAAAAGAUGUAGCCAAACCAAAUGAAGAUGUCCCAAGCCAUGUUUUAAUAACUGCCCCUCCCAUGAAAGAACAUUUACAAUUAGGAGUUAAUAAUACAAAAGAGAAGUCCACUAGUACCCAGAAAGACUCACCUGUUAAUGAGAUGAUCCAAAGUAAUGAUCUUUGUAGUAAAGAAAGCAUCUCAGGAGGAGGAACAGAAAUUUCUCAGUUCACACCAGAAAGUAUUGAAGCCACUCUUUCAAUAUUAUCUCUUAAACAUGUAGAAGAUGUUGGGAAAAAUGAUUUUCUGCAGUCAGACCAGUGUGCAAAUGGAUUAGGAAAUGAUAACUCCAGUAACACUUUAAAUACUGACUAUUCAUUCUUAGAAAUUAGUAAUAAGAAAGAAAGAAUCGAGCAACAGCUACCAAAAGAACAAGCCUUGUCUCCAAGACCCCAAGAAAAGGAGGUUGAGAUUCCCGAAUUGUCUCAGGUGUUUGUGGAGGAUGUAAAGGAUAUCUUAAAAAGCAGGUUGAAAGAAGGUCAUAUGAACCCUCAAGAAGUUGAAGAACCUUCAGCCUGUGCAGACACUGAAAUUUUAGUUCAAAAUUUAAUUAAACAGAUUACCACAUCACAGUUGGUAAAUGAAGCAUCUACUGUGCCCAGCGACUCUCAGAUGAGUGACUCUUCUGGAGUUUCCCCCAUGAGUAACUCAUCAGAAUUAAAGGCAGAAAGUAGAGAUGAUCCUUUCUGUCUUGGAAAUCUUAAGUCUGAGCUUCUCCUUAAUAUAUUGAAGCAAGAUCAACAUAGCCAGAAAAUUACAGGACUAUUUGAAUUGAUGAGAGAAUUAACUCAUAUGGAGUAUGACCUAGAGAAAAGAGGCAUUACAUCUAAAGUACUUCCACUGCAACUUGAAAAUAUUUUCUACAAGCUGCUUGCUGAUGGAUAUUCAGAAAAAAUAGAACAUGCUGGAGACUUUAAUCAAAAAGCAUGUUCUACAUCUGAGAUGAUGGAAGAAAAGCCACACAUUCUUAGUGAUAUUAAAAGCAAAGAAGUAAACCACUAUUCUCCUAAUUUAGAAACUGUAAAAGAAAUUGGACUAGAAAGCUCUACUGUGUGUGCAUCAGCAUUGCCAAGAGAUGAGAAGCUUAAGGAUCUGUGUGAUGAUUUCCCAAGCCAUUUGGAAUGUAUUUCAGGGUCAAAAGAAAUGGCUUCUGGAGAUAGCUCAACCGAACAAUUUUCCAGUGAAUUACAGCAGUGUUUACAGCACACUGAAAAAAUGCAUGAGUAUUUGACAUUGCUUCAAGAUAUGAAACCCCCCUUAGACAACCAGGAAUCUCUGGAUAACAACCUGGAAGCUUUGAAGAAUCAACUUAGACAGUUGGAGACAUUUGAAUUAGGAUUAGCUCCAAUUGCUGUUAUUUUAAGAAAAGAUAUGAAGUUGGCCGAAGAGUUUUUAAAGUCUCUUCCCAGUGACUUUCCCAGAGGACAUCUUGAAGAACUGAGUAUUAGCCACCAGAGUUUGAAGACCGCCUUCUCUUCCCUCAGCAACGUGGCUUCAGAAAGAACGAAACAGAUCAUGCUUGCAAUUGACUCUGAAAUGUCUAAACUAGCAGUUUCCCAUAAAGAAUUUCUGCAGAAACUUAAGUCAUUCUCAGAUUGGAUAUCAGAGAAGAGCAGAUCUGUGAAGGAUAUUGAGAUUGUGAAUGUUCAAGAUUCUGAAUAUGUAAAGAAAUGUUUGGAGUUUCUCAAGAAUGUAUUAAAAGACCUUGGACAUACCAAAAUGCAGCUGGAGACUACUGCCUUCGAUGUGCAGUUCUUCAUUUCUGAAUAUGCACAGGAUCUGUCUCCCAACCAAAGCAAACAACUGCUGAGGCUCUUAAAUACAACUCAGAAGUGUUUUCUUGAUGUACAGGAGUCAGUGACUACCCAGGUGGAACGUUUAGAGACUCAGUUACAUCUAGAACAAGAUCUUGAUGAUCAGAAGAUUGUAGCAGAGCGUCAGCAGGAGUAUAAAGAGAAACUCCAAGGGAUAUGUGAUCUUCUUACCCAAACUGAAAACCGCCUAAUUGGUCACCAAGAAGCCUUCAUGAUUGGAGAUGGCACAGUUGAGUUAAAGAAAUAUCAGUCCAAGCAAGAGGAAUUACAGAAAGAUAUGCAAGGAAGUGCACAGGCAUUGGCUGAAGUAGUGAAAAACACGGAGAACUUCUUAAAAGAGAAUGGUGAAAAGCUGUCACGGGAAGAUAAGGCUUUGAUUGAACAGAAACUUAAUGAAGCUAAGAUAAAGUGUGAACAGCUUAAUUUAAAAGCAGAACAGUCUAAAAAGGAGCUGGAUAAAGUUGUGACAACAGCAAUCAAGGAAGAAACUGAAAAGGUUGCGGCAGUGAAGCAGCUGGAAGAGAGCAAAACCAAAAUAGAAAACCUUUUGGACUGGUUGUCAAAUGUUGACGAAGACUCAGAAAGGGCAGGGACGAAACACAGACAGGUAAUCGAACAGAACGGGACCCAUUUUCAAGAAGGUGAUGGCAAGUCAGCAAUUGGAGAAGAGGAUGAAGUUAAUGGUAACCUGUUGGAGACUGAUGUUGAUGGGCAAGUUGGACCCACUCAGGAGAAUCUGAAUCAGCAAUAUCAGAAAGUUAAGGCCCAACACGAGAAGAUCAUCUCUCAGCACCAAGCAGUCAUCAUAGCCACUCAGUCUGCACAAGUGUUGCUUGAGAAACAGGGUCAGUAUCUCUCUCCUGAAGAAAAAGAGAAACUGCAAAAGAACAUGAAAGAACUGAAAGCGCAUUAUGAAACUGCACUGGCUGAGUCAGAGAAGAAAAUGAAGUUAACUCACUCUCUGCAGGAAGAAUUAGAAAAGUUUGAUGCUGACUAUACCGAGUUUGAGCACUGGCUACAGCAGUCAGAACAAGAACUUGAAAACCUGGAGGCAGGUGCAGAUGACCUCAAUGGUUUAAUGACCAAAUUGAAGAGGCAGAAGAGUUUCUCAGAAGACGUUAUUUCUCACAAAGGUGACUUGAGAUACAUCACAAUUUCUGGAAACAGAGUGUUAGAAGCUGCCAAAUCUUGCAGCAAGAGAGAUGGUGGCCAGGUUGAUACUUCUGCAACCCACAGAGAAGUGCAGCACAAGUUGGAUCAUGCUACUGAUCGGUUCAGGUCUCUCUACUCUAAGUGCAAUGUUCUUGGAAAUAAUCUUAAAGAUCUGGUGGAUAAAUAUCAACACUAUGAAGAUGCUUCAUGUGGACUUCUUUCUGGACUCCAGGCCUGUGAGGCCACAGCGAGCAAACACUUAUCUGAACCUAUUGCGGUGGACCCCAAAAAUCUUCAAAGGCAAUUAGAAGAGACGAAGGCUCUGCAAGGACAGAUAUCAAGUCAGCAGGUUGCUGUAGAGAAACUGAAGAAAACGGCUGAAGUGCUUUUAGAUGCCAGGGGAUCUUUACUUCCAGCCAAGAAUGAUAUCCAGAAAACACUUGAUGACAUUGUUGGGAGAUACGAGGAUCUGUCCAAGUCUGUUAAUGAACGAAAUGAAAAACUCCAGAUAACCUUGACCCGUUCACUGAGUGUGCAGGAUGGCUUGGAUGAAAUGCUGGACUGGAUGGGAAGUGUGGAAAGUUCUCUGAAAGAACAAGGUCAAGUGCCUUUAAACUCUGCUGCUCUUCAGGAUAUCAUCAGUAAAAACAUUAUGCUGGAACAGGAUAUUGCAGGUCGUCAGAGCAGUAUAAAUGCCAUGAAUGAAAAAGUGGAGAAAUUUAUGGAAACAACAGAUCCAUCCACUGCAUCCUCACUGCAAGCCAAAAUGAAAGACUUGUCUGCUCGGUUUUCAGAAGCAAGUCAUAAACACAAAGAAACUCUUGCUAAAAUGGAGGAACUAAAAACCAAAGUAGAACUGUUUGAGAACCUCUCAGAAAAGCUCCAAACAUUUUUAGAAACAAAAACUCAGGCUCUUACUGAAGUAGAUGUGCCAGGAAAAGAUGUUACUGAAUUGUCUCAGUAUAUGCAGGAAUCAACUUCUGAAUUUUUAGAACACAAGAAAGAUCUUGAAGUUUUGCAUAGUCUCUUGAAGGAGAUAUCCAGCCAUGGCUUACCAAGUGAUAAGGCUUUGGUUUUUGAAAAAACAAAUAAUUUGUCAAAGAAAUUCAAGGAAAUGGAAGAUACCAUCAAAGAAAAAAAAGAAGCUGUAACUUCUUGUCAAGAACAGUUGGAUGCUUUCCAAGUUCUUGUUAAAUCAUUGAAGUCAUGGAUAAAAGAAACAACAAAAAAAGUUCCCAUUGUGCAGCCUUCUUUUGGUGCAGAGGAUUUAGGAAAAUCUUUGGAAGAUACUAAGAAAUUACAAGAAAAGUGGAGUUUAAAAACACCAGAGAUUCAGAAAGUAAACAACAGUGGGAUCUCACUAUGUAACUUAAUAAGUGCUGUGACCACCCCUGCAAAGGCAAUAGCAGCAGUUAAAUCAGGUGGAGCAAUAUUAAAUGGUGAAGGAACAGCCACAAAUACUGAGGAAUUUUGGGCAAAUAAAGGUUUAACAUCCAUUAAAAAGGACAUGACUGACAUAAGUCAUGAUUAUGAAGAUCUUGGCCUCUUACUCAAGGACAAAAUAGCAGAACUGAACACUAAACUCUCCAAAUUGCAAAAGGCUCAGGAAGAAUCAAGUGCAAUGAUGCAGUGGUUACAGAAAAUGAACAAAACUGCAACGAAAUGGCAUCAGACACCUGCACCUACAGAUACUGAAGCUGUGAAGACUCAAGUUGAGCAGAAUAAGUCAUUUGAGGCAGAACUGAAGCAGAAUGUAAACAAAGUACAGGAGUUGAAAGACAAGUUGACAGAGCUGUUGGAGGAGAACCCAGAUACUCCUGAGGCCCCCAGAUGGAAACAGAUGUUGACAGAAAUAGAUUCUAAGUGGCAAGAACUCAAUCAAUUAACAAUUGAUAGACAACAAAAACUAGAAGAAUCCUCCAAUAAUCUAACCCAGUUCCAGACUGUAGAGGCCCAGUUGAAACAGUGGCUUGUGGAAAAAGAACUUAUGGUCAGUGUUCUUGGGCCCUUGUCAAUUGACCCAAAUAUGCUAAACACGCAAAGGCAGCAGGUGCAGAUUCUGCUGCAAGAAUUUGCCACUCGGAAACCUCAAUAUGAACAGCUCACAGCAGCUGGUCAGGGCAUUCUGAGCAGACCUGGAGAAGACCCUUCUUUACGUGGAAUUGUGAAAGAGCAACUGGCAGCUGUGACCCAAAAAUGGGAUAGCCUAACAGGGCAAUUGAGUGACAGAUGUGACUGGAUUGACCAAGCCAUUGUUAAAAGUACACAGUAUCAAAGCCUGCUGAGAAGCCUUUCUGAUAAACUGAGUGACUUGGAUAAUAAACUCAGCAGCAGUCUGGCUGUGAGCACGCACCCUGACGCUAUGAACCAACAGUUGGAAACAGCCCAAAAAAUGAAGCAGGAAAUACAGCAGGAAAAGAAGCAGAUAAAAGUGGCCCAGGCACUCUGUGAGGAUUUGUCAGCACUGGUUAAAGAAGAGUACUUGAAAGCAGAACUUAGUAGGCAGCUAGAAGGCAUCUUAAAAUCAUUUAAGGAUAUUGAACAGAAAGCAGAGAGUCAUGUCCAGCACCUUCAGUCAGCCUGUGCAAGCUCUCAUCAAUUUCAGCAAAUGUCUAGAGAUUUUCAGGCUUGGCUAGAUACAAAGAAAGAAGAGCAAAACAAGUCUCAUCCAAUAUCCGCCAAACUCAAUGUCUUGGAGUCGUUAAUUAAAGAUCAUAAAGACUUUAGUAAAACUUUGACUGCUCAGUCUCAUAUUUAUGAAAAAACCAUUGCAGAAGGUGAAAAUCUGUUAUUAAAAACACAAGGGUCUGAGAAGGCAGCCUUACAGUUACAGCUUAAUACAAUUAAAACCAGUUGGGAUACAUUUAAUAAGCAGGUGAAAGAAAGAGAAAACAAGUUAAAAGAUUCAUUGGAAAAAGCCCUUAAGUAUAAAGAGCAAGUAGAGACUCUCCGGCCAUGGAUAGACAAAUGCCAAAACAACCUGGAGGAAAUAAAAUUUUGCUUGGAUCCUGCCGAAGGAGAGAAUUCUAUUGCCAAGUUAAAGUCUCUGCAGAAGGAAAUGGACCAACACUUUGGUAUGGUAGAAUUACUGAACAACACAGCCAAUAGCUUGCUCAGUGUCUGUGAGAUAGAUAAAGAAGUUGUUACAGAUGAGAAUAAGUCACUGAUCCAGAAGGUGGACAUGGUCACUGAACAACUUCACAAUAAGAAAUUCUCUCUAGAGAACAUGGCUCAGAAGUUUAAAGAAUUUCAAGAAGUUUCUAAAGAAUCUAAAAGGCAGCUUCACUGUGCAAAGGAGCAACUAGAUAUCCAUGAUUCCCUGGGACCCCAGGCUUACAGUAACAAAUACCUGACCAUGUUGCAGACUCAGCAGAAAUCACUUCAGGCCUUGAAGCAUCAGGUAGAUUUGGCUAAAAGACUUGCACAGGACCUUGUGGUAGAGGCCUCAGACUCAAAGGGAACCUCUGAUGUUUUAUUACAAGCGGAAACCAUAGCUCAAGAGCAUAGUGCACUAAGUCAGCAGGUUGAUGAAAAGUGUUCUUUCUUAGAAACCAAGCUUCAGGGCAUUGGGCAUUUCCAGAAUACCAUUCGAGAAAUGUUUUCUCAGUUUGCAGAGUUUGAUGAUGAACUGGAUAGCAUGGCUCCAGUGGGGAGAGAUGCAGAAACAUUGCAAAAGCAAAAGGAAACUAUAAAAGCCUUUCUAAAGAAACUAGAAGCCCUCAUAGCAAGCAACGACAAUGCCAAUAAAACCUGCAAGAUGAUGUUAGCCACAGAAGAAACCUCUCCUGACCUUGUUGGAAUCAAAAGAGACUUGGAGGCCUUAAGCAAACAAUGCAACAAGUUACUGGACCGAGCCCAAGCCAGAGAAGAGCAGGUUGAAGGGACAAUUAAGCGUCUUGAAGAAUUUUACAGCAAAUUGAAAGAAUUCUCUACUCUGCUCCAGAAAGCCGAAGAACAUGAAGAGUCACAAGGUCCUGUUGGCAUGGAAACGGAGACAAUUAAUCAGCAGCUUGAGGUGUUCAAGGUAUUCCAGAAAGAAGAGAUUGAACCCUUGCAAGGUAAACAGCAAGAUGUAAACUGGUUAGGUCAAGGCCUUAUUCAGAGUGCUGCCAAAAGCACUAGCACUCAGGGCUUGGAGCAUGACCUGGAUGAUGUCAAUGCACGGUGGAAGACUCUCAAUAAAAAGGUGGCUCAGCGAGCAGCCCAGCUGCAGGAGGCCUUGCUGCACUGUGGGAGAUUCCAGGAUGCCCUGGAGUCCCUGCUUAGCUGGAUGGUGGACACUGAGGAGCUUGUGGCCAAUCAGAAGCCCCCAUCGGCCGAGUUCAAAGUGGUAAAAGCCCAGAUACAAGAACAAAAGCUUCUUCAAAGGUUGUUGGAUGACCGCAAAUCUACGGUGGAGGUAAUCAAACGAGAAGGAGAAAAAAUUGCUACAACAGCAGAGCCUGCAGAUAAAGUGAAAAUUUUGAAACAGCUCAGUCUCUUGGAUAGUAGAUGGGAGGCACUGCUUGAUAAAGCUGAAACAAGGAAUCGUCAGUUGGAAGGUAUCUCGGUGGUAGCCCAGCAAUUUCAUGAAACCUUAGAACCACUGAACGAGUGGCUUACAACCAUAGAAAAGAGGCUGGUGAAUUGUGAACCCAUAGGAACCCAAGCAUCUAAACUUGAGGAACAAAUUUCACAGCACAAAGCCUUAGAAGAUGACAUCAUCAAUCACAAUAAACAUUUACACCAGGCUGUUAGCAUUGGCCAGUCCUUAAAGGUUUUGAGCUCCAGGGAGGAUAAAGAUAUGGUGCAGAGUAAAUUAGACUUCUCUCAAGUGUGGUACAUUGAGAUUCAAGAGAAAAGUCACAGCAGGUCUGAGCUCCUCCAGCAGGCCUUAUGUAAUGCUAAGAUUUUUGGGGAAGAUGAAGUUGAACUGAUGAACUGGCUGAAUGAAGUGCAUGACAAACUGAGCAAGCUCUCAGUCCAGGAUUACAGCACUGAGGGGCUAUGGAAGCAGCAGUCUGAACUUCGGGUUCUGCAAGAGGACAUCUUACUCAGGAAACAAAAUGUAGAUCAGGCUUUACUAAAUGGUUUAGAACUACUUAAACAAACCACAGGUGAUGAAGUUUUAAUAAUUCAAGAUAAAUUGGAAGCCAUUAAAGCAAGGUACAAAGACAUUACUAAAUUGAGCACUGAUGUAGCCAAGACUCUGGAACAGGCACUGCAGCUUGCAAGGCGGCUGCACUCCACACACGAAGAGCUGUGUACCUGGCUGGACAAAGUGGAGGUGGAACUACUUUCAUAUGAAACUCAGGUUCUGAAAGGAGAAGUAGCAAGUCAAGCACAAGUGAGACAAAAAGAACUGAAAAAGGAAGCUAAGAACAACAAAGCCUUACUGGACUCCCUUAAUGAAGUGAGCAGUGCUUUGCUGGAACUGGUACCAUGGAGGGCAAGAGAAGGACUUGAGAAAAUGGUAGCUGAGGACAAUGAGCGCUACCGAUUAGUGAGCGACACCAUCACUCAGAAGGUGGAGGAGAUCGAUGCUGCCAUUCUGCGAUCACAGCAGUUUGACCAAGCAGCUGAUGCUGAGUUAUCCUGGAUUACUGAGACAGAGAAAAAAUUGAUGUCUCUGGGUGACAUCAGGCUUGAGCAAGACCAGACUUCUGCUCAGCUUCAAGUUCAAAAGACAUUCACCAUGGAGAUUUUGAGACACAAGGAUAUUAUUGAUGAACUUGUUAAAUCUGGGCAUAAAAUCAUGACCGCAUGCAGUGAAGAGGAAAAGCAAUCAAUGAAGAAAAAACUGGACAAAGUACUGAAGAACUAUGAUACCAUCUGCCAGAUUAAUUCAGAAAGGUAUCUGCAGCUGGAACGGGCACAGUCCCUGGUUAACCAAUUCUGGGAAACAUAUGAAGAACUUUGGCCAUGGCUGACAGAAACACAAUCAAUCAUCUCUCAGCUUCCCGCCCCAGCCCUUGAAUAUGAAACUCUAAGGCAGCAGCAGGAAGAACAUCGGCAACUGCGAGAGUUAAUAGCUGAACACAAGCCUCAUAUAGAUAAGAUGAACAAAACUGGGCCACAGUUACUGGAAUUGAGCCCUGGGGAAGGCUUUUCUAUCCAAGAGAAGUAUGUGGCAGCCGACACCCUUUACAGUCAAAUUAAAGAAGAUGUCAAAAAGCGAGCUGUGGCACUGGAUGAAGCCAUUUCUCAAUCAACUCAGUUCCAUGACAAGAUAGAUCAGAUUCUUGAGAGCCUGGAACGCAUUGUGGAACGUCUGAGGCAGCCGCCGUCUAUCUCUGCAGAGGUCGAGAAGAUCAAGGAACAGAUCAGUGAAAAUAAGAAUGUGUCAGUAGACAUGGAAAAGCUACAGCCAUUGUAUGAAACUCUUAAACAGAGGGGAGAGGAAAUGAUCGCUAGAUCUGGGGGGACUGAUAAAGACAUAUCUGCCAAAGCUGUUCAGGAUAAACUUGACCAAAUGGUUUUCAUUUGGGAGAACAUACACACACUGGUGGAAGAAAGGGAAGCCAAACUACUGGAUGUGAUGGAGCUAGCAGAAAAGUUCUGGUGUGAUCACAUGUCAUUGGUAGUUACCAUUAAAGAUACUCAGGAUUUCAUCCGGGACCUGGAAGAUCCUGGAAUUGAUCCUUCAGUAGUAAAACAACAGCAAGAAGCAGCAGAGGCCAUAAGGGAAGAAAUAGACGGACUACAGGAGGAGCUGGAUAUAGUUAUUAACCUGGGUUCUGAACUCAUUGCGGCAUGUGGGGAGCCUGAUAAACCCAUUGUCAAGAAGAGUAUAGAUGAGUUAAAUUCAGCAUGGGAUUCUCUAAAUAAAGCUUGGAAAGACCGGAUUGACAAACUUGAGGAGGCAAUGCAGGCUGCCGUUCAGUACCAGGAUGGACUGCAGGCAGUAUUUGACUGGGUGGAUAUUGCAGGUGGUAAAUUAGCUUCAAUGUCUCCAAUCGGAACAGAUCUUGAAACUGUCAAGCAGCAGAUUGAAGAGCUAAAGCAAUUUAAGUCUGAGGCCUAUCAACAGCAGAUAGAAAUGGAAAGACUGAACCAUCAAGCAGAGCUUUUGCUAAAGAAAGUGACAGAAGAGAGUGACAAACACACUGUUCAAGACCCAUUAAUGGAACUGAAAUUGAUAUGGGAUAGCCUGGAGGAGAGAAUCAUCAACAGACAGCAUAAACUGGAGGGUGCUCUAUUAGCAUUGGGUCAGUUCCAGCAUGCCCUGGAUGAGCUCCUGACGUGGCUGACACACACCGAGGGCUUGUUAAGUGAGCAGAAACCUGUUGGAGGAGACCCUAAAGCCAUUGAAAUUGAACUUGCCAAGCAUCAUGUGCUCCAAAAUGAUGUAUUAGCCCAUCAGUCCACAGUGGAAGCCGUUAAUAAAGCAGGAAAUGAUCUAAUUGAAUCAAGUGCAGGAGAAGAAGCAAGCAACCUUCAGAACAAGCUACAGGUUUUAAAUCAACGCUGGCAAAAUGUUUUGGAAAAAACUGAACAAAGGAAGCAGCAGCUGGAUGGUGCCUUGCGCCAGGCCAAAGGGUUCCAUGGCGAAAUCGAGGAUUUGCAGCAGUGGCUGACUGACACGGAACGUCAUCUGUUGGCAUCUAAACCGCUGGGAGGUUUACCGGAAACAGCCAGGGAGCAGCUUAAUGUCCAUAUGGAAGUCUGUGCCGCCUUUGAAGCUAAAGAAGAAACAUAUAAGAGUCUGAUGCAGAAAGGCCAGCAGAUGCUUGCAAGAUGCCCAAAAUCUGCAGAGACAAAUAUUGACCAAGACAUAAAUAACUUGAAAGAAAAAUGGGAAUCGGUGGAAACCAAACUCAAUGAAAGGAAAACUAAACUGGAAGAGGCUCUCAACUUGGCAAUGGAGUUCCACAAUUCUCUCCAAGACUUCAUCAACUGGCUUACUCAGGCUGAACAGACCCUAAAUGUAGCUUCUCGGCCAAGUCUUAUUUUGGAUACUGUCUUAUUUCAAAUUGAUGAACACAAGGUUUUUGCCAAUGAAGUAAAUUCUCAUCGUGAGCAGAUAAUAGAACUGGACAAAACUGGAACCCACCUAAAAUAUUUUAGUCAGAAACAAGAUGUUGUUCUAAUCAAGAAUCUACUUAUCAGUGUACAAAGUCGAUGGGAAAAAGUGGUUCAGCGGUUGGUAGAGAGAGGAAGAUCUUUGGAUGAUGCAAGGAAGAGAGCCAAGCAGUUCCAUGAAGCUUGGAAUAAACUUAUGGAGUGGCUGGAAGAGUCAGAAAAGUCUUUGGAUUCUGAACUGGAAAUAGCAAAUGAUCCAGACAAAAUAAAAACACAACUUGCACAACAUAAGGAGUUUCAGAAAUCACUCGGAGCCAAGCAUUCUGUCUACGACACCACCAACAGGACUGGACGUUCUCUGAAGGAGAAAACCUCCCUGGCUGAUGACAACCUGAAACUGGAUGACAUGCUGAGUGAACUUAGAGACAAAUGGGAUACCAUAUGUGGAAAAUCUGUGGAAAGACAAAACAAAUUGGAGGAAGCCCUGUUAUUUUCUGGACAAUUCACAGAUGCCCUACAGGCUCUCAUUGAUUGGUUGUAUAGAGUUGAACCCCAGCUGGCAGAAGACCAACCUGUUCAUGGAGACAUUGAUUUAGUGAUGAAUCUGAUCGAUAAUCACAAGGCCUUCCAAAAAGAGUUGGGGAAGAGGACCAGCAGUGUGCAGGCCCUGAAGCGCUCAGCCCGAGAACUCAUAGAAGGCAGUCGGGAUGACUCCUCCUGGGUCAAAGUCCAGAUGCAAGAAUUAAGCACACGCUGGGAGACCGUGUGUGCACUUUCCAUAUCAAAGCAAACGCGGUUAGAAGCAGCCCUGCGUCAGGCAGAGGAAUUCCACUCGGUGGUACAUGCCCUCUUGGAGUGGCUGGCUGAGGCAGAGCAAACCCUGCGUUUCCAUGGUGUCCUCCCAGAUGAUGAGGAUGCUCUCCGGACUCUCAUUGAUCAGCAUAAAGAAUUCAUGAAGAAACUGGAAGAAAAGAGAGCUGAACUAAAUAAAGCCACCACUAUGGGCGACACCGUUUUGGCUAUCUGCCACCCCGACUCCAUCACCACCAUUAAGCACUGGAUAACAAUCAUCCGGGCGAGGUUUGAGGAGGUGCUGGCCUGGGCAAAGCAACAUCAGCAGAGAUUAGCAAGUGCUCUGGCUGGGCUUCUUGCCAAACAGGAAUUGUUGGAAGCUUUGCUGGCUUGGUUGCAAUGGGCUGAAACUACACUUACUGAUAAGGAUAAAGAAGUCAUCCCCCAGGAGAUCGAAGAGGUGAAAGCACUCAUUGCAGAACACCAGACCUUCAUGGAGGAAAUGACCAGAAAACAGCCUGAUGUUGAUAAAGUAACGAAGACCUACAAGAGGAGAGCUGCUGAUCCUUCCUCAUUACAAUCCCAUAUUCCAGUCUUGGAUAAGGGACGAGCAGGAAGAAAACGCUUUCCAGCAUCAAGCUUGUAUCCCUCUGGGUCACAGACACAAAUUGAAACCAAAAAUCCUAGGGUUAACUUACUGGUGAGCAAAUGGCAGCAAGUCUGGCUCCUGGCGUUGGAAAGAAGGAGGAAACUCAAUGAUGCCUUGGACAGGCUGGAGGAGCUGAGGGAAUUUGCUAACUUUGAUUUUGAUAUUUGGCGCAAAAAAUACAUGCGAUGGAUGAAUCACAAGAAAUCUCGAGUGAUGGACUUCUUCAGGAGAAUUGAUAAAGACCAGGAUGGGAAAAUAACACGGCAGGAAUUUAUUGAUGGAAUUCUUUCCUCAAAGUUUCCAACCAGUCGCUUGGAGAUGAGCGCAGUUGCAGACAUCUUUGACAGAGAUGGUGAUGGAUAUAUUGACUACUAUGAAUUUGUAGCAGCCCUUCACCCAAAUAAAGAUGCAUAUAAACCUAUCACAGAUGCUGACAAAAUCGAAGAUGAGGUGACAAGGCAGGUAGCUAAGUGUAAAUGUGCAAAGCGAUUUCAAGUUGAACAGAUUGGUGAUAAUAAAUACAGGUUCUUCCUGGGAAAUCAGUUUGGAGACUCCCAGCAACUGCGACUGGUCCGGAUCCUGCGGAGUACUGUGAUGGUUCGUGUUGGAGGUGGAUGGAUGGCACUUGAUGAGUUCUUAGUGAAAAAUGAUCCUUGCAGGGUUCAUCAUCAUGGGAGUAAAAUGUUACGUUCGGAAUCAAACUCUUCAAUUACUACUACUCAGCCUACUAUAGCCAAAGGAAGGACAAACAUGGAACUGCGUGAGAAGUUCAUUUUAGCAGAUGGUGCCAGCCAGGGUAUGGCUGCUUUCCGACCCCGAGGCCGAAGAUCCCGGCCAUCAUCACGAGGCGCUUCACCCAACAGAUCCACUUCUGUGUCCAGUCAGGCUGCACAGGCGGCCACCCCACAGGUCCCUGCCACCACCACACCCAAGAUUCUCCAUCCUUUAACACGCAAUUAUGGUAAACCAUGGUUGACAAACAGCAAAAUGUCAACUCCUUGUAAAGCAGCAGAGUGCUCAGACUUUUCCGUGCCAUCUGCAGAGGGAACGCCAAUACAAGGAAGCAAGCUUCGACUUCCAGGAUAUUUAUCAGGGAAAGGCUUCCACUCUGGGGAGGACAGUGGCUUGAUAACAACUGCAGCUGCCAGAGUCCGAACACAAUUUGCUGAUUCCAAGAAGACUCCCAGCCGACCAGGAAGUCGAGCUGGAAGCAAAGCUGGCAGCAGGGCCAGCAGCCGCCGAGGCAGUGAUGCAUCAGACUUUGACAUUUCAGAAAUCCAGUCUGUGUGCUCAGAUGUGGAAACUGUCCCCCAGACACACAGACCUACACCCCGAGCAGGUUCUCGGCCAUCCACAGCCAAGCCUUCAAAAAUCCCCACGCCCCAGAGGAAAUCACCUGCCAGCAAAUUGGACAAGUCCUCAAAGAGAUAGUGCAAUUGGUUCUACCAAGGCCCUUCCUUGAGCAUUUAUUAUUUAAGUUUGAACAAUGUAAAGUAUGGUGUAGAAAUUCUUGUGAAUUAUUGCAAGAGGCGAGUUUAAAAUUCUGCAGAUGGCCUUAUUUGUGUAUUUGUCUUUUUAUUUUAUCUGUAUAAUGUUUUUGUCAGAUAUUCUGGGGUUAAAAUCACAUCAUAUGUGAGGAGGAAAAGUUUAACAUGAACUAACAUUUCUGCACUGUAAUGUGCAGGGCACACACUAAACUCAGUUACUGUACCUACAGGUAAGUCUACAUCCUCUCUGACAGCCACAGCACUAUAUCAAUCCCUGACGUUAAGGAUACCUCAUGACAUUUUCCUGUUUUUAUGGAAACUCUGAGAAGCUGAAUGAUACAUGCGGGGGAUAUUUUUUGAGAUGAUUUAAAUGUAACCCAAAAGAUGGAAGACAGAAAGAUAAAUGCACCCACACACAGUCUUUGCAGUAUCUGACAGAGAACUCACAGGAAGUUACUUCAAGCACUUGCCAGUACUAUGAUAUUCAAGUACCUUGCAGCAUUUCUGUGCCAUUGCUUUCAAUGAGGCCAGAGGCAUCCUGGAUAUUAGACCUAUUAUACUGUAAGAAUAUAAGUAUAAAGUGCAUUCAUAUACAUGUGAGGUUUUCUUUUGCUUGAGUGGACAGUAGCACCUGUAUCAUUGAACUCAUUUUGUAUCAGAGCAAUUUUGCUUGCAGAAAGCUAUGAAAUAAAACAUGUCCCUUAACUGCAUUGCUAUGGAAUUAAUUUUUUUUCCCCAGGGAAAAUUAGUGUAUUUUUUUAUGAGCAGUAUCAAAUUUGGAGUGACCAAAAGAUACUUAAAAAUGGGUUUAUUUUGAUUUCUCAUCUGAAAUAAUCAUGUUCUGGUAUUAUAUCUAUCUAUAUUUAAUAAAUAUAUACAUUUUAAUUUAUUAUGUAUACUCACAUACUAUAGAAAGAUAUUAGUAUGCAUUUAAUAAAACAUAUUCACUUGAA